GGCCGGCGGGAGGCUGCGGGGCCGGGCCAGCGCUGCGGAGCCGCCCGCUCCCGCCCCACCUCCACGCCGCCAGCGCCCACCGUUGAGGGGCAGCGGCGAGAGCGGCGGUACCGGGAUGCGGCGGAGAGCGGGAGCGAGGCCUCGACGGCGAUGGCUGCUGCUGGCGGCCCUGCUGGGGGCUCUGUGUUGCGCCGCAGCGGGGAGCGGCGGCCGGCGGCGAGCGGCCAGUCUAGGCGAGAUGCUGCGGGAGGUGGAGGCGCUUAUGGAGGACACGCAGUACAAGCUGCGCAACGCGGUGCAGGAGAUGGAAGCUGAAGAGGAAGGGGCAAAAAAACUAUCAGAAGUAAAUUAUGAAAACUUGCCUCCCAACUACCAUAAUGAGUCCAACAUGGAAACCAGAAUUGGUAAUAAAACUGUUCAGACUCAUCAAGAAGUAGAUAAGGUUACAGAUAACAAAACUGGAUCAACAGUUUUUUCUGAGACAGUUAUUACAUCUAUAAAGGAUGGAGAAAACAAAAGAAAUCAUGAAUGUAUCAUUGAUGAAGACUGUGAAACAGGGAAAUACUGCCAGUUCUCCACCUUUGAAUACAAAUGUCAGCUCUGUAAAACCCAGCAUACACGUUGCUCACGGGAUGUUGAAUGCUGUGGAGAACAGCUCUGCGUGUGGGGCCAGUGCAGGAAAUACACUUCAAAAGGAGAGAACGGCACCAUUUGUGAGAACCAACAUGACUGCAACCCUGGAAUGUGCUGUGCUUUUCAGAAAGAUCUACUGUUUCCUGUGUGCACUCCAUUACCUGAAGAAGGUGAACCCUGCCAUGAUCCUUCAAACAGACUUCUCAACCUGAUUACCUGGGAACUGGAGCCUGAUGGUGUGCUUGAGCGAUGCCCAUGUGCAAGUGGCUUGAUCUGCCAGCCUCAGAGCCACAGCACUACAUCUGUGUGUCAAGCGUCUGCCAAUGAAACCAGGAAUAAUGAAAAAGAAGAUCCCUUAAUCAUGGAUGAGAUGCCAUUUCUCAGCUUGAUACCCAGAGAUAUUCUUUCUGACUAUGAGGAAAGCAGUGUCAUACAGGAAGUGCGUAAAGAAUUAGAAAGUCUGGAAAACCAAGCAGGUCUGAAGCCUGAGCCUGACUCUGCUCAUGACCUCUUUUUGGGAGAUGAAAUCUGAAAGUUCAAACACCAGUUUAGUUUGCUAUUUCUAGAAAUUUUUGAUUAGUGUCUUGCUUGUGUAAACCCUAAACACACUGCUGGAUAGAGUGCAAUAAAUAAGGUCUUCAGUAAGCAUCCUUCUUUGUGCACCAAACCUGCAUGUUCAAAUUACUGUUGAAUUCAUUCAAAUCCUUGGACCAAUCUUUUGUCAAAGACAAACAGGAAAUAAAUCAAGUGUUCCUUCUGGAUUAGUACUUUUCCCCUGUACAUUAGAAAGUCUUACCAGUACUUAUACCCAUUAAAAAAAUACACAAGUGCAAAAUAAGCUUUAAGUUUUUAGUAACUGCAGAAGUGACUUCUGAGUACGUAUAUUGAGAAUAAUUUCUUUUUCUGCUGUAAGAACCAUCUGCUUUGGACUGUUAGUAAUUGAUUUUAAGCAAUUUUUCUUUAUUUUCAUUAGAAAAUACAGUCAGUGAAGCUGCAACAUACAGAUUCUGGGUGUCAUGUUCUCCCAACCAUACACACAUUGUGGAAGGCUGGAAAAGAUCAAAGGAUAAUUACCCUUUUAGAUUAUGAUACCCAGAGUUUCUUUCCAGCUGUGUCCACUGGAUGCCAUCUGUCCUGCGGCAGCCUUCACUGUCACUCAGGAACUGGUGUUCCAUAGCUAGAGUAUCCCUUGAGUUUUAUGCUUCCACAUAUGUUGUUGGACUCACCCACUACCUAAAGAGCGUACUAACAAAAAAAAAAAAAAAAAACACAACAAAAAAACACAACAAAAAAACCACCCCACAAACCAAGCAUACAGUUUCCAUACAAAUAACAUUAGUUUGCACAUACUUUUAUCCAUACACACACUGGUUUCCAUAUAGGAACUUUCAGGUUCACUUUACAGGGCUUUGUUUCUCAAGGGCAAAGUAAGCUAUUUAGAACUGCAGAAUAAGGAGCUAAAUGGGCUGAAUACAGAUUCCCUGUUGUACACUGAAUAUGUAAAUAUCAAUAUAUAGGAGAACAGUGCAGCUGCAGUUACAAGCACCUUUAGUUUGUAUCUAAAGACAAGCUAAAAGAAAAAGUUAUUUGAGAAAUGGUUUGUGCUUUUAAUGCACUUCAUAGGCAUAACUCUGUGUGUUACAAAAUCUAUCAUUACCACCUUAACAGAUGAUUAAGAAAUAAAUAGCAAGCUAAAAGUAAAAUCCAAUCCAAACUCCCUGGCUCCCAGCUGUCUCAGUUUGCUACAAUGACUCUUCCACUAUUUGUGCUUUUUGGAGGGGUUUAGAUUUCACCACCCCUUACUGCACAUGCUAAAAGAUGACAUAAGGCUCCAGCCAACUAACUUUUCGUGUAGCUUCUUCCCAGAUAAUCCCUACUGCUAAGUCUCAUUUGGAACAUCAGAGCACCAAUAACUUAGUAAGAGUAACUAGACAGCUGUGCUAACAGCUUCCAAGUCUUUCACUACUUCUGAGCUAUGAAAGCUUUUCAGCUAUGAAUGGGAAGAGCAUUUCAAAAGAGUGGAUGUUAUUUUAAAGAUUCUACCAAUUCUCACACCAGCACAUGCUCUCUUGAGAAUUCACUGCAUUUACCUUUCCUUUCUAUCCCUAAUAAAAUUACUGUGCUUUAGAGACAGCCCAUCUUUACAAAGCAAUGAAAUAUUGUGGUUCUAUUAAAAGAAAAACUUCAUGAGAGCAACAGUUGUCCAUUAAGUACUGCACUACUUAUGGGUAACAUUAUUCUCCUGUCAAGUUUCUUGAUGCAUCAGUCCCUGAAAGAUAAAAGUGUUAGUAUUCAUCUGAAGUUCAGGAAGAUUUCUGUUAAACUAGGUAAAUUAGAAACUCAAGGCUUUUUGUUUCUCUAAAAUACCCAUGAACACACACAAAAACAUUUGAAAUGAUCAGAACAUGAGUGGAUACUGAAAAAUGUCUCCGAGAACAAACCAGAAUAUAUUCCAGUACAGUUAUGUACAAGGAAUUGCACCUCUGGACAGGAACUCUUUACAAGGAUGCCCCUCAGUCCUCUAUCCAGACUUGCCAUGCCUUAUAAUUAACUUUUUCAAAGAUGGUCUCUAUGGAAAUUUGCCCAAAUAAGGCUAGAGACUAAACAGGCAGUAUCAUCCAUUAACAUUACUUUAUUCCAUCUCUAAAUUUUUUGCCUCCCCUAAUGUCCAACUUUAAAGAAAAUUAAUUACCCAUUUGACAAGUAAUUUUUUCCAAAACUUCCAAGGAUUGUUCAGCAGUCUAUAUCCACACAUAAACAGUAGUUUAAGGAAGUAUUGUACCUACUGGUUAUUACCCACUUAAUGCUUCCUUUUCUUCUGGCUUCUACCUCAUCUGUGUUGGACAAAAGGUGGCACAGGUGAAACAAGAGAAAGAACCAAGGAAUUCCUCUGUGCAGUGCUUGUUUCUCAAGUUGUCAGAUUCCUCAGCAUUUUUCAGCAUGUUUGUGCAUGUUUCAGCAUGCAAGGAAGAACUGAACACUCAAUUAUUCAAAAUCACCUUUUUCUCUCUGGAGCAGAACUUAGCUACAAAUCAUAUUUGGAGCUUAGAAGUUUCACUGGUGAUGAAUUCAAUUCUGGAAACAGAAACUUACAGUUAAGGAAAACUCUGGUGGGAAUGUAAGUCAAGAGGAGCAGCAGACAAGCUACAUAACACUUCCUGCAAUACUGUGUACAUGCAUGGGGUGUGUGUGUACACACCUCACAUCUCUGACUUUGCCUUGGAAAAGUCUGUAUUUCCAUGAAGUAAUUCUGUAAUUUUUGAAAUAAACCCCACAGCAUUUAAUGAUUAAAAUAACACAACAGAAUGAACAAAUGUUUUAUUGGCAUGUUCAUUGUCGUAAACAGCAUCUGGCAUGAAAAAGUUUACCAAAAUCUUUUGAUUGUUAUAAAUUAGGUGGUUUUCCAAAAACUACGGAGAAUUGUUCUCUAUUGAUCUUUAUGGACCAAAGCAGAAAGUUGCUGUUCCUAGGCUUUGCAAUGAAAUCAUGUUGACUGCAUCAGUCUUUGCACCACAACCUGAACUACCAAGUUUAUAUGCUGAGGUGUUACAAGAGGUUGCCCCAGUAUUUUACUACAUACAGCUACGGAAUCAACUCUGGAAAAAACAAAAUGACUUUCAGUGGGUGGAGAAGAUGAAAACUUGUAAUAGUCUCAAAAACAAAAUGUACAAAAAAAA